AUGGAGAGUCCGCCGACGUUCGGCGCUGAGCUGAAGGAUGGCUUUAAGCCUGCCAACGCCUGGGUCUCGAACGGCAUUGCAUGGCUCGACGACAUCCAGCAGUUUUACCGCGAGCGGAGCGCCAUUGAGAAGGAUUACAGUGCCAAGCUCAAGGUUCUGGCCAAAAAGUAUUUUGAAAAGAAAACACGAAAGUCGUCGGUGCUGAGCGUCGGCGAAACACCAGCCAUGACGCCCGGCUCUCUCGAAAGUGCGUCUCUUACGACCUGGACAACGCAGCUCACAACACUCGAAGCACGGGCCGACGAGCACGACACGUACGGAAACGAUCUGAUUAACAAGGUCGCCGCGCCGCUACAGACGCUUGGUGUGCGGUUCGAGGAGCUGCGCAAGCGCCACGCUGACUUUGCCGAGAAGGUCGAGCGGGAACGCGACGCCUCGUACGCUGACCUACGCAAGGUCAAGACCAAGUACGACGCAGUGUGCCAGGAGGUCGAGAGCAAGCGCAAGAAGACCGAGACGGGCUUCGGCCAGGCCAAAGCACAGUCGGCCUACCAACAGCAAAUCGCCGAAAUGAACAAUGUCAAGAACUCGUAUCUCAUCGCCAUCAACGUCACGAACAAGCAGAAAGAACGCUACUACCACGACUACGUACCAGAGCUGCUCGAUUCGCUGCAGGACCUUGCCGAAUUCCGCACACUACGGCUGAAUGACCUGUGGACGGUUGCGUCCCGGCUGGAGUCCAGCAUGCUCCAGCAGAGCACGGCGAUUAUCGACCGCCAGACCCAAGAAAUUGCACGUAACUUGCCACAGCUCGACUCCAUGAUGUACAUGCGGCACAACGUGGGCGGUUGGCAAGAGCCCCCGGACAAGGUGUUCGAGCCGAGCCCAGUAUGGCACGACGACGGCUCCAUGGUCGUGGACGAGAUGGCCAAGAUCUUCUUACGGAAUGUGCUCAACAAGUCCAAGGGCCAGCUGGGGGACCUGCGGCGCGAAGUCGACAAGAAACGGCGCGAGGUCGAGGCCAUUCAGAAGCUGAAGCAGCAGAUCCGCGACGGCACCGAGAAGCGAGACGAAGUCGUGGUGGUCGGCCAGAUGUUUGCUGCGCAGGAGGACCUGCACCAGGUCGAGCGCAAGCGCAUCACAGCCGAGGUUGAGACGUCAACAAUCACAGCUGUCGUGGGCGACGUCACGGUGGGGGCACGCAACCACAACUUCAAGUCGCAAACGUUUAAAAUUCCGACCAACUGCGAUCUCUGCGGCGAGCGCAUAUGGGGUCUGUCUGCCAAAGGCUUCGACUGCCGUGACUGCGGCUACACCUGCCACAGCAAGUGUGAGAUGAAGGUGCCGGCCGAGUGUCCCGGCGAGCAGAACAAGGAGGAGCGCAAGAAGCUGAAGCAGGAGCGGCAAGAAGCGGCCAAUUCCAUGCUGAAGCCAGGCGACGGCGUCGGAGCGACAGGCUCCGCAUCGACCAGCGCCUCUGAGCUGCCGAAACUCAGCCGGUCCAACACGAUGAACUCGCUCAGCUCCGGAUACGCCACGAGCGCGCAUCGCUCCAUAUCAGGGGCACGGUCGCCAACAGCAGGUGACGAUGGCAGCGGCCCAGCCGAACUGCCCGCCAACUCACGCAGUGGUCCACCACCGACAGGUGCGCCUCGCAGAGUCCUGGCGCCACCGCCAGCAGCGUACAUUAAUGAGCUGCCCGGGAGUGUGCCCGAGGCACCAGCAGGCAGCGGCAGCCAGUCCAAAGGGAAAAUGCUGUAUGCGUUCGAGGCCAACGGCGAUGGUGAGCUGACGGUGGGCGAGGGCAUUGAUGUGGUGGUCAUCGAACCAGAUAGUGGCUCUGGCUGGACCAAGGUCCGCGCGGGCUACAAGGAGGGCCUGGUACCAGCGUCGUACGUCGAGGUCGUACCAGCCUCCGCCGCUCCGCCGGCGGCCAUGGCGCCGCAAAACACUGGCCAGUCAACGUACUCCAACAGCGGCUCAUCAAUCAGCACCAACAACACGGUCAACGCGGGCAGCAGGAAAAAGGGGCCGGCCGUGGCACCCCGGCGCGGAGCCAAGAAGCUCAAGUACGUGGAGGCCCUAUAUGCAUACUCUGCCCAGAACGAUGCUGAGCACAACAUGGUCGAGGGCGAGCGGUUUGUACUGAUCAAGGACGACCCUGGCGAUGGCUGGGUAGAGGUAGAAAAGGGAGGCGUGACCAAGAGCGUUCCGGCCAGCUAUGUCCAGGCGGUGUAA